AUGAAAUCGUGGAGUCCAUCUCAAUCAGCUGUUGUUUGCAAGGCACAUUUUACUGAAAAAGACUACGUGCAGGAAACUAUUCAUGGGUGCAAACCCACCAUACAGAGACUUAAGUCUACUGCCAUUCCCAGCCUAUUUUCCUGGACCAAGCAAGAGACUGAAUCGUCAGCAAAAAGAAAAAUCAGGGCAGUUUCCUGUGAAAACAAAAGAACUAAACUUGAUGAAUAUUGUAGUAGAAAUCUAGAGGAAAGUUUUGAUUGUAAAGUUGGUUUUCCUGAAGAAGUCAUUCAUACUGCAGACAUGAUUUAUGACUGUCUACCACCAACUGCCGAAUUAUAGUUAUCUCGUACCAUUGUAAACUCGUACCAAUGUCAACUCGUACCACUAAAAAAAACUCGUACCAAUGCAAACUCGUACCACUGCUAACUCGUACCACGGUAAAUUCAUACCAUUGUAAACUCGUACCAACUUAUUUAAAUGCAUUCAAAUGGUGUUUAAUGAUGAAUAUAUACUUUAAUUUCACUCAAUACCUCUUAAGUCUGUAAAAUGUAUAUAAUUUGAAAUUACAAUGACCAAUUUGUAGCUACCUAUAUUUCCGCACUUUCUGUGUUGCCAUUUAGAACAUACAUCACACUCUAUUGCUUCUUGUCGGGGUCUAACCAGAGAGUGGCACCAUAUACAAUUGUC